AUGUUUUACACCCGGGGUACAAUUUCCCUCUACACCGCUCUUGACGACCGAGCCGAGAAGAUGGCUACUUCUCAGAAGCUGACGGAACAUUACUUAACCUGUAUCAUCUGCUCCGACGUCUUCAGUAAUCCAUGUACACUUGUGUGUAAUCACACCUUCUGUCGGAAAUGUAUCGUCAACUACACCAAAACCAGACCUGAAGCCAUCAGUGCCAAGUCCCUCCUGUGUCCAUUCUGCAGCAAGAUGACGAAAGUGUCCAACCCUGAGAGACCCGUAGAGGAGUGGGCGGAUGACGUCAAACCUAUCUUUCUCAUCCAGGGACUCUUGGACUCGUUUGGUCCGGGAUCUAAAGAUACAACCUGCUGCAGCUAUUGUAAAGAGGAAGGGGAGACAACUCCUGCCUCUGUUUGGUGCUAUGUGUGUGAUGAUGCGUUAUGUGGGAGAUGCGUCAGAAUUCACAACCGCAUCCCAUCAGCUCGUCACCACGAUGUCACUGACCUGUCUGGGGAGGUCAAGGUCAAACGAAGGCGGAUGGUCAUGUGUAAAGAACACAAGGAUGAAAGUGUUAAGUUGUUGUGUAAAGAUUGCGGGAAAGCAGUUUGUUAUGCCUGUUGUACCAUCUACCACAGGCAGUGUGUCUCUGUGGUCAGCUUGGAAUCAGAGAUGCAGGCAAUGAAAGCAGCAUUGACGCUGGCGACGGGCAAUUUGUCACAGAGAAAGGAGAAAAUCCACAAAGAGAUCGAGACAAAGAAAUCAAAGCUGGAAGACGAAACAUUUCGACUUAAAGAAAUGGAAUCACAUAUCAACUCUGAAACUGCCAAGGCGAUAGAACAGAUUAAACUCAAGGAACGGAGACUUCUAGAUGAAGUGAAAGAGAUGUCAGACAAAUACAUCGGACAAAUGAAAGCAGACAUAAUGUCAGAUGAGAUGUCAGUACAGAUGUACCAACAACAGACGGAGCUGAUAGACCAGGCUCUACAAUCUGAGUGUGACAUGGAUGUGUAUGAGAUGUAUCAGGGAUGUGAGGCCGGUGAUGUGGAGGCUGUCGGAGACGCUGACCUGAAGGAGAGAGGAAGAAUAGCCAGUGUCACAUUCAGACAGGACACAGACAAGCUGAGUAAAGCACUUGACAAUCUACAGCUGGGUGAGAUAGAGGUCCUGUAUGAGAGUGUGCUGGACCUGAAGGCUACUCCUGUGUUACAAGACACCAUUGACGUCAAAGUAGCAGGCGAUACAUCUACAACGUGGCCUUUUGGAGUGACAGUGGUGAUGGUGGGUGGUACAGACACGGUUGUAGUCACCGACUACAACAACAAGAGUGUGAAGUCCUUCUACACCAGCAACAAUCAGCCAGGCCACAGUAAGCUCCUGCUUGAUACACCUCCCUAUGGUAUUACUAAGUUGACACACGAUCAGGUAGCUUUCACUGUGCCAGGCACCGAACAGAUUGUAACAGUAAAAGUCAAACCAGACCUGGAGUUACUGACAACCAUCACAACCAGCAAAGCGUAUUGGGGUAUAACGUCCCUGAGUCCAUCAACACUAGCAGCUUGUUCCCGCUCUCCUCCCUGUGUUGAUAUCCUGGAUAUGACAGGAAACGUGCUGAGGUCUAUCAGUCCACGUCACAAAGGUAACACCAUCUUACAGUAUCCCGACUUCCUCAGUACCACGAGGACAGGUAAGAUCCUGGUGUCUGACUUGGCAACCUAGUGUGUCGUGUGUCUGACCCCCGAUGGAGACGUGGUGUUCUGCUACCGCCCUACAGGAGACACAGCACUGAUGUAUCCUCGGGGUAUCACAAGUACCAACACAGGCGAUAUCCUGGUUACAGACACCAGACUACACAGAGUCAUCCAUCUGACUGAGUCAGGACAGUUUGUACAAAAUCUGCUGACAUCCAAGGACAGUAUUCAGGAUCCACUUGGACUGUGUAUAGAUGAGAGAAGGUGGCUACGUGUUUGUCUUCACAAAGGUGUCAUACUGACGUUCUCGUGUAAAUAGAGAAACACUGAUGAGCUGCUGCUACAUGUCAGGACAUUCUGGUAGAAACAUACAGACAGAAGAUGGUAGUGUUGUGCUGCUACAUGUCAGGACAUUCUGGUAGAAACAUACAGACAGAAGAUGGUAGUGUUGUGCUCCUACAUGUCAGGACAUUCUGGUAGAGACAUACAGACAGAAUAUGGUACUCUUGUGCUACUACAUGUCAGGACAUUCUAGUAGAAACAUACAGACAGAAGAUGGUAAUGUUGUGCUGCUACAUGUCAGGACAUUCUGGUAGAAACCUACAGACAGAAGAAGGUAGUGUUGUUCUGCAACAUGUCAGGACAUCCUGGUAGAAACAUACAGACAGAAGAUGGUAGCGUUGUGCUGCUACAUGUCAGGACAUUCUGGCAGAAACAUACAGACAGAAGAUGGUAGUGUUGUGC